AUGGCUGUUUCACCAAUUGGGUUUGAGGGCUUUGAAAAACGCCUUGAAAUAACAUUCUCUGAACCACCUCUGUUUAUCGACCCAAAUGGGUUGGGCCUCCGAGCCUUGACUCGGUCCCAACUCGACUCGAUCCUCGAACCCGCUUGUUGCACAAUUGUCUCUCAGCUUUCCAACACUGAGUUUGACUCAUACGUACUCUCUGAGUCAAGUCUGUUCGUUUACCCUCGUAAGAUUGUUCUGAAAACCUGUGGGACUACCAAGCUUCUUUUGUCCAUUCCAGUAAUUCUUGAACUCGCUGAGUCGCUCUCACUCGGUGUCAACUCGGUUAAGUAUUCUCGUGGGACCUUCAUUUUUCAAAAUGCCCAACCUGCUCCUCACCGGAGCUUCUCAGAAGAGGUGGUGUUCCUCAAUUCGUUCUUUGGAAACUUACCCUCCGGUGGGAACGCUUAUAUGCUCGGCGAUCCGAACUUUCCGAAUCGUAACUGGCAUGUCUACGUGGCAUCUGUGGUCCCACCUCGACCAUCAUUGAUUGACGAUCCAACGGCUGUGGUGACUCUUGAAAUGUGUAUGACGGGUUUAGACAGGAAAAAAGCGGCAUUGUUCUUCAAAAACUCGGAGGAAUACUACUCGGCCGAUGGUGAAAUGACUAAAAAGUCCGGUAUAUCUGAGAUAAUUCCCAGUCACGAGAUAUGCGACUUUGAAUUUGACCCUUGUGGGUACUCUAUGAAUGGAAUUGAUGGCCUUGCUUACUCUACGGUGCACGUGACACCGGAGGAUGGGUUCAGCUAUGCUAGCUACGAGGCCAUGGGGUUUGACACAGGGUCAAUUGGGUUCGAGCCAUUGGUCAAGAGGGUGUUGAAGUGCUUCGAACCAGCUGAAUUCAGCGUGGCUAUCACGUGUUUUGGAGGAGGUGCUGGCGGGCCCCAAGGAUUGUGGGCCGGUGACGUGGAGGGAUACAUGUGUCAAACUGGGGUGAAACAGAAAUUGUCAAAUGGCGGGUGUAUCGUGUACCGGUGUUUUACAGUGAAUGAGAAGGGGGGUACAGUCAGCUCACCCAAGUCUGUACUGAGUUGCUGGAAGUUUAUUGGUAUUAAGCGGCGAAAGCAACGUUGA